AUGCGCUUCUGGUGGCCGGAUUGGCAGCCUCGAGAGCGCUCGCUGUCUUCCGACAGCGAGUGCUCUACGGCCAGCCACUCUAGUCUCGCCAGCGAUGCGUCUUUUUAUAGCGCGGAUGCUGACGCAGAGAUUAGAGCGGCUGACGACUCUUUGGGGUGGGACGGUCCACUAGGGGUCGGGUUACCCAUUGUGGAUCCGCUUGCCCCCGUUUUGGACUCGGACGAGUCCCAAAAUGAGUCUUUUGGCGCCUCUCGCGGGGCGCCAUAUCUCGGCGCCGACGGCGCCUCAGACGGUGCAACUUCGGGCACGGGUAUAUCACCUGCGGCGCCCAUUGCACAGGCAACGACAACACGUGGCGACCCCUCGGGCGACCAGGCGCCAACCCGGUCUUCGAGCGCGACCUCGCGUCGUUUCGAAGAUCGGGCAGCGGACGGACGUCCGCUCGGCCAGCCAAUCAGCACGCCUGGUCCUCUUAUACUCGGUUUGAGUAUAGGAGGAGGGCCACGUGGCGAGAAUUCUCUCCCCUUCGCCUCCACUGCCAACGGCCACGAUGGCCUCGCGCCCCCUAUACUUGGUCUAAGUAUGGGGGAGCUGCAACCACCUUCGGCCGGCUCCCCAGUCGUCGGUUUGGACCUCCCGGUCCCCCAAGCGCGCCGUUCGGCUGGCCAAGACCUGUGCCUCGCCUCUCCCGCCCUUCAAGCGCGCCGUUUGGCUCUCGAAGACACCGCGAUUGUUGAGUUGGCACCCGGCAGGGCGGCAGGCAUGCUGCCCGACCCGGUAGGCCCGGGGUACGCUGGCUAG